AUGAUAAAUCAACAAAGUCAACUAGAACUCAAACCCAGAUCCGUGGUUUCAUGCUUCAUUUUCUCGGUUGAAAAAGCCAACUCACAGGUCGCUCUGUUUCGACGCAGUGCGAAAGUGAGAACUUACCAACACCAUCUAGCCCCCAUUUCGGGAAGUAUAGAUGCACAUGAAUCACCACUGGCAGCUGCAUGGCGCGAGAUUAAAGAAGAAACAUCAUUGACUCCGCAACAACUUGAAUUUUGGCGUCAUGGAAAGCCAUAUUCUUUCAGCGAUGUUAAUGUGGGACGGAAAUGGACGGUUCACCCCUUCGCGUUCCGGCUAAGGAACACCGAGGAAGAUGAUUUGCAUGACGAAUUGAUUAAAAUCAACUGGGAGCAUGACUCUUGGGAAUGGCACGAUUCAGGAAAAGUGGUAGAUGAUGAUAGUUUCGGUGCAGUUCCUUAUCUAGCCAAAAGCCUUGGACGAGUCUGCUUCGAGAAGGAUAUGAAUCGAGGUGCAAGCGAAGCAUUGAUAUCUUGUCUAGAAGAACUGCACGUUAACCGCCAAAGCGGAGACCAUGAGUUGACCUGCAUCGCACUGAAAGGAUUCCGCGAUGUGUUGGUGCAUCUACAAGGCGAUCCGAAGUGGUGGGAAACUACACGAAUGACAGCAUGGCACAUCUGGAAGAACAGCCGGGAGAGGAUGAACAUCGGUACACUGAACGCGCUACUAGGGACUCUGGGUGACAUAGAAGAUGUAAUGGAGUGCAACCUUGAGGACGAGACUCGAUGGGAUCUUACCCUCGCCGUGCUUGACCAUCACCUGGAAGCGCACCGGAUGCUGCCAUCGCGUAUCCAAGACUCUUUUAUCGAAUACCUCCAAACGCAGUUCAUUUCGGCUGAAAAUGCGCAAUCACGUCAGAAACUCACGAUCCUCACCCUAUCAGCUAAUGCGACGAUUCGGGAUAGCUUGCUGGACGCUAUUGCGUCAACACCGAUUUCACAUCUGGAUAUACACAUCCUCGAGUCUCGUCCACUUUUCGAAGGAGCCAGCAUGGCUUCGUCUUUACUCGCCGAGUCCCAGGCAAAGCUCAUAUCAUCACCAGAUCAAAUCGUGAAAGUGACUGUGCACACAGACGCUUCUGCGGCUCUCGCUUCGACCAAUGUGGACUUGGUUCUUCUAGGAGCGGAUCUGAUCUCGAGCUCGGGAUGUGUGAGCAGCAAAACUGGGUCCUUGCCGGCGGUGCUCAGCGCGAAAUAUAUAAGCCCGAAUGCUAAGGUUUUGAUCCUUAGUGGACUGGAGAAAGUUUCGGAUCGGGACAGGAGGGAAGACUGCCACAAGCUGCAGGAAUGUGACCCUGCUGAAGUCAUGAGCAGCUGGCUCCAUAGUGGUAUCAAAGGGGUCAAUAUUCUUCACGGAUUGCGAGACUUCCAUCCCGGAAGUUCAAAAUGCACAACUCAUGUGGAGAAUGUUGAUGUCGAGUGGGUCCCGGCAAAUCUCAUCGAUGGCUUUGUCUGUGAAGAUGGGACUUUCGAUACCGCGACAAUUCAGUACAAGGCACAGGAAGUGAAGGAGAUGGCAGACAGAUACUUCGGGAACCUGUAA